AUGGCUACCAAUGCACCAGCCCACAAGGCCAGCAACAUGCUCAGCAGCCGUCUGGGCUAUAAGCCAGUGAAAUUGGAAAUGCCUCAGCUUGCGCGCGCCUACCAGCCGCCGACCAUUGUCAGUGUGAAUGCCAAGGAUGCGAACAAGGACAAGGACAAGAACAAGGACAAGGAUCGAAAACAAAAGAUGGCAGUAACGAAGCAAAGCAGCAAUCCAAAGUCGUACUGCAAGCGCACUGAGGCGCCAGCCGCCGCAGCGAGUGCAUCCGUUCAAUUGGCUGGCCACGCUAAGGUGACGAAGGUGACGAAGGCGACGUCCAACGAGCACACUGUGGUGCUGGCCAGGCACGUCGAUCAGGCCCAGUACGGCAAGCAAGCGCGCAAGCCCAAGCUGGAUGGACCCGCAUCGAGAACGAAGAAUCUGCGGCCAACGCCCGCGGAGACAGCGCUGCCGACCAACAAACAUGCGAAGGAGUCAAAAUCACCGGACAGGGCGGACGCCCAGCGUCAGAUUCGCACCAAGAACCAAAGUCACAAUACCAAAAUCUUCUUCGAUAAGUAUCUGAAAUUCGCCUACGAUCUGAGCACGCCCGACGGUGUGCGCCAGCUGGAGGCGCAUUUCUUUCCCACCGACAAUCCCGCGAACCGGCAGACGCGAAAGAAAAGCGAGUCCGGCGACACCAGCGAGAGGGCACUCCACGGUGGAGAGGAACGCCUGUCCAGCGUCAGCAUGCACACCAAUUCCACUCAUCAAGUGCUGCAGCAGAGCAAAUGCUGCGAUGUCAAGGAUAAAUAG